AUGAAACCAACUCAACAGCACGGCGAGGAAAGUGAAUUAAAGUACAAAGAGAAUUCCGCAAACUCGGAAUUCCUGAAGCCGGGCAUCGCGCACGCGGUCUCCGGAAUCCAUCAAACGCUCAAGCUAUUCUACUCGCCUCCCCCCGGCCCUCAGGCAGCCUUCACCGUCCAUCAGCCCUCACCACCCUCCGCCAUCCCACAUCACCCUCAGUCAUCACUCAUAACCCUACGGCAGAUCUCACUACCCGCCGGGAGCCCUCACCACCUUCCGCCAGCCAUCACCACCAUCCUUCGACCCUCAUCACCCUCCGUCAGCCCUCAUCACCCUUCGUCAGCCCUCAUGACUCUCCCUUCAUCACCCUCCACCAGCCCGCACCACCCUCCGCCAGCCCUCACCACCCUCCACCAGCCCUCACCACCCUCCACCAGCCCUCACCACCCUCCACCAGCCCUCACCACCCUCCACCAGCGCUCACCACCCUCCACCAGCCCUCACAACCCUCCACCAGCCUUCACCACCCUCCACCAGCCCGCACCACCCUCCGCCAGCCCUCACCACCCUCCACCAGCCCUCACCACCCUCCACCAGCCCUCACCACCCUCCACCAGCCCUCACCACCCUCCACCAGACCCCACCACCCGUCAUCACCCCUCACCACCCUCCGCCAGCCCCCACCACGUCAUCACCCCUCGCUUCCCUUUUGCCAUUCCAGUCGGACGAGCAGCAAAUUUAUUGCCACCGCUGCUCUCUCGCUGCCACCCGCAAAAUUUCUUUCCAGCAGCACACCAUCAAGGAAAUGCUGCGCCAGACUGGGAGAUGCGAGAAAUGCUGCCUCACGCUCCAAAAUACUGUCGGAAAUGUUACAAAGGAAAUGGGAGACCGGAGAAAUGA